AUUUAUGAAUAUACAAGCUACUAUUCUGAUUCUGAUUAACAGGUAUAAACUAAAAAAAAAGGGAAGGAUUUCCUUUCGAAACAAUGUCGGCUCCAUUAGGCAAGAAAAAAUUAUCACAACAAGAACUAAGAAAGUAUAUGCAGCAGCAUAAAUACAAGGAAAAACUGCCUGUAAAGAAAAUUGAAUCGCCUUUGGCAAAAUACAACGACCAGGGACAACUCACCUGUGUUUUAUGCAAGUCUAUCGUAAGAUCAGAAGCUGUAUGGAAUGUACACGUAAACGCCAAACAACAUAAAGAUAAUGUAGAAUUAGCAAAGAAACUGAAGGAAAGGACUAAUAAUUUCACAACCCCUCUGAAAAGGCCCCUAACUCCACCUCUUCAAGUUUCGUCUAAAAAACCAAAAAGUAUACUCAAGAACGGGAGUACCACAUCCAAAGUAGAAGAAGUAAAUAAGAAUAACCAAGUAGAUGGAGAUUCUUCAAAAUCCGAACUGCCAGUGGAUUUUUUCGAUUCCUCGACUGGGAACAAAGCCAAAAAUAUCCAGGGCAAAAAGCAGAAGGUCGGAGAAAAACCAGCAGAUCAAACGUUCAAAGAAUCUGGAGAAACUCUUCCGGAAGGGUUCUUCGAUGAUCCGAAACUGGAUGCAAAGGCUAGGAACAUAGAAUAUAAGGAUCCAAUUCAAGAGGAAUGGGAGAAAUUCCAGAAAGAAAUAAGAGACGUUGAAGGGGAAAGCGCUGCAAUAAUAGCAGAAGAUCAAGAUGAAGCAACUAACGAAAGACAAAUGGAUGAGAUUGAUGAACAGAUAAAAAACUUCUCCAAGGUUAUGGUAUGGGAGAAGAAAAAAGCCGAAGUAGCACCUUUAAUCGAUGAAGCUAAACAUAAAGAAAUCGUAGAAGAUGAAGAAGAAGUUGAAAUGGACCUCGAUGAAGCUUUCGAUUGGAGAUCAAAAAAUCCCUAUAAAUGAAAUUUUUGUCUAUUAUAUUUAAUUGUUUGUUAUAUUUUGAAAUAAAAAUUAUUUUAGAA